CUCCCCCUGGACCGGCCACCUCUGAUUCGUCUGCAAUCUCGCGGGCCCGAUCUUACUCGCCACACAGGCAAACCCUGUGCCUACUCCAUGUCCAAAUGGUCCCUGCUCAAUUGGCUUUGCUCAAUGGUCCUGUUCAAUGGUCCUGUCCAAUGGUCUUGUUCAUUGUCAUUGUCGAUACGGAUGCCCACAAUUCCAUGCUCCCCAGUCCGGCUACUUGAAAAGAAGGAGGAGGGAGAAAGGAGGAGGAGGAGGGAAAAAAAAAAAAACUCGUUCGUUACACACACACACACAUUGACUGUAAAUCGGUACACAAGGAAAAAGAGGGCCACCGAGAGAUACCGCUAGAACGGGCCUGACUGACUGGUAAGUAAACACAAAGGAGGGGAAACCUUCUUUUUUUUCCGCCCCUCCUUCCCUCCCUCUCUCUCUUCUUCUUCUUCC